CAAAGAAACCCGAGGGAGAUCAGAGAGAUCAGACAGUCCAUCCCACAGCUUCUACCUUUCUUUGUGCAGUUAUUCCUGGGACACCAGAAGAACUCCACACCUCACAUCUUCUCUUCAUAUAUAUCCUGAAUCUGAAUUCCAGCUUUAGAUAAAGACCUUUCCUGAGAGGAGAGCAUUCACAGAAGUGUUAUUGACACCAAGGUCACCACUGCUAAGGUUCUUCCAUACAGAGCCAUGUCUUGGGACACCAUCUUUAGAUCAUUCUUUAAGAAUUUUAAGAGGGAAAGCAAAAUCAUCCCUGAGGACACCAUCACCUUGAUUGAGGCUUAUGUAGAGAAAAAUAAGCUUCAGAAUGCUAUUUCUGUAAUCGAAAAUGCACUGAAAAACAUUGAGAGUGCUCCUCUGAACAUCGCUGUGACAGGAGAAACAGGCUCAGGGAAGUCCACUUUCAUCAAUGCCCUGAGGGGGGUGGGGCAGGAAGAAGAAGGGGCAGCUGCCACUGGGGUGGUAGAGACAACCAUGAGGAGAAUUGCAUAUCCACAUGCCAAGCUUCAGAACGUGACAAUAUGGGACCUGCCUGGCAUUGGGUCCACUAACUUCCCACCACAAAGCUACCUAACACAAAUGAAGUUCAAUGAGUACGACUUCUUCAUUAUCAUCUCAUCUACACGCUUCAAAGAAAAUGAUGCCCAACUGGCCAAAGCCAUUGAAAUGAUGGGAAUGAAUUUCUACUUUGUCAGAACCAAGAUAGACAAUGACUUAGGUAAUGAACAGAAGAGCAAGCCUAAGACUUUCAAUAAGGAGAAGGUCCUCAUGAAAAUUCGAGAUGACUGUUCAGAGCAUCUUCAGGAGGCUCUGUGCAGUGAGCCUCCAGUCUUCCUAGUCUCUAACUUUAAUAUGUCAGACUAUGACUUCCCAAAGCUGGAAACCAAACUCCUAGAGGAUCUCCCAGCCCUCAAGCGCCACAUCUUCACACUGUCUUUGCAAAGUCUUACUGAGGCCACCAUUAACUGUAAGAGAGAUUCCCUGAAGCAAAAAGUCUUCCUGGAGGCCAUAAAGGCUGGAACAUUGGCCACCAUUCCACUUGGUGGCAUAAUCAUGGAUGAGGUAGAGAAUCUGGAUGAAACAUUCAAUCUCUACAGGUCUUACUUUGGGCUGGAUGAUGCCUCACUGGAAAACUAUGCCAAGAAUUUUAACAUGUCUGUGAAUGACUUUAGGGUAUACCUUCGGUUUCCCCAUUUGUUUGCAGAAGACAAUGAUGAGUCCUUGGAAAACAAGCUGUCAAAAUAUAUCAAACGAAUUACUUUGGGUUUUGGUGGACCACUUGCUACAGCCAUUUACUUUAAGAGAGCUUACUAUUUGCAGAAUCUUUUUAUUGAUUCUGCAGCCAAUGAUGCCAUCGCUCUUCUGAAUAAUCCACGGCUUUCUGAUAAGGAGGUGGGGACAUAUAUAUCUAUGCCCCUCGACUACUGGGAAUAAUGGAAAAAAUGAAGCAUGAGUUCCAAUCAGUGUUUACUCGUAGCCUCGCUUUGGGCACUGACGCAUAGCCUACUCCUGGGGGUGGGGGUGGCGGGUGGGGGAGUCUCUGUGGAGGGCCAGUGCAUUCAUCCUUUUCCUUUUCCUGAGCUGCAAGAUCAACAUGGCAAGUGCUCAAUCGUGCUAUACUAGUAGAAAAAGAAGUGUCUUCAAUAUUGUACAAAUAUGUUAACAUAGUGCAUUUCCGUUAAAAUCAUAUGUUUAAAGAACACACAAUAUGGAUUUGGUUUGUGUUUUUUCUCCUCAAAUGAAUCCUGGAUCUUUUAUCUUGCAAAAGUCUUCACAGGCUUCUGCAUUCUCACAGGCAGUUCUGUCCCAUUGCUACUGCGGAUUUUUGAAAAAGGGGCAUGUGGUACCCUACA